AUGCUAUAUUAUUUCUCUAACUCUGCAUUAAUCGUAGCACGUUUAGCUGUAAUGAUAAUCAUCAUUAUGGGUGUAUUAAAAUAUUUUGUAAAACAUCCAGGAGGUAAAAAGUUAAGCAAACUAUUAAAAUGUAUAUUUAAACAAACAGAUGUAAUUGGUGAAGGUGAAUUAUGGGUUGGUGGUUUAGCAUCAUUUUCUGUCGUUGCUUUAGUUAGUUUUGGAUGUGCAUUUAGUAAUGGAUAUUUAAAACAAUAUCCACCAGAACAUGCAUCUGAUUUAAUGAUGUCGAAAUAUCUAAACGUUGCCCAUUUUCAAUUGAUCAUUUUAGUUGUGAUGAAUCAUUGUCUCAUAAACGUUAUUGUUCAUGCAGAGAUGGUCAAUUUAUCAGUGAAAAAGCUAGAUAUGAUGAACUAA